AUGACACAACAUCAUGUCCAUGGUCCGGAUCCUAGCUUGAUCGGCAACUUGGCGGCAUCAGCUGCGACGUCAGCAGUGAGGGCAGAGGCCACGGAGGCCGUAGCGCAAGCCAGAGAGGUGGCACAUGCCGUGGCGUCAGAUCUUAGAGUGUCUCAAGCAAGGGAGUCCUUUAUGGACUUGGAGCUUAGAAAUUUGAGAGCUCAAGUUGAAGCACUGCGGCACGAGAACACUGAGUUGAGAAGCUCAAGAAAUGCUGCUCUGGCUGCAGCGCCCGAUUCCGCAAGCGGUCAAAACCCCAAUAAUGGCUCGGAGUUGGAACAAAGGGUUCGAGAGAUGGAGUUGCAUAUUGUUUCGGGUAUCACCCCCAGGAUUGAUUAUUUGGAGCAAGUCGCUAUGAUGAUGGGGAACAUUGAAUCCAGCAUUAGCCAAAGGAUUACUCCUCAUUUGCAGAGCUUGGAAACCAGACUCUUACAAGUUCAACAGCAGUUGGAUCACCAUCAGACAUUCAUCCAAGAGUUGUGGGCAGGACAGCCGCAAGGGUCCGCGCAACCCAGGUUGCCGGUACCAGCUGCACCGGGAAACCCCUCUCAAACAGACAAUGUCAUGUCCCCAACUCAGUGUCAUACCCCAAUUCAUUUUAGGAUUGACACCCAAGAUGAUGGUAGUGAUAAUGAUCAGGAGGGUCAAUGGGAAAUGCCAGACGCUAUGAAUGAUUUGGAACGGAGGGCUUUAAGGACUAAAGACCUCCACCACCUCAAGCUACCCAACCUCCCAGAGACGGCUGCCCAAUAUCGAACUUGGCGAAACUCAGUCCGAACUGCAAUUGUUGCAUUUGACCAAAGCUUUGAAGGGUAUCUUGGCCCAUGGCUGUCAGAAGCCUUCACUGCGAGGGGGAAGGAUUCACUGAAAUUGGCGCAGGAUAGUGGGUCGUUUCCUCGAUUUGAUCGCAUCAUUGCAAGUAUUUUGUGUCGUCAGGAAACUUUAAAGACCAGCUUUGGCUUGAAAGUCCAGGCUUAUGUCGAGAAAUGUGAAGCCUCGGGGGAGAACAUCCGGGGCCGAUACAUCUUGAACCUGAUUGCCUCGGAGUACGAUACUAAUCAUGCAACCUCCUCUAUUACCACCAGUAUCGAGUUAUUUCAACUGCCCGCACCGCAUGAUACGUUUGCUGGACUUAAACUGUGGCAUGACAAGGUGACGUACAUUUUAUCACAGUUGUCCACAUCUCAACAACCGCCAGAUGACAUGUUGUCUCAAUGGGCGUAUGGGUCGUUGAAGAAACACAGCCUCAUGCGGCGAGUCAUUGAUCGGUACUUGGAAGUUCCAGCUUUUCGUACGUUUGAGUACUUGUGGGAAGGGGUUGAAUUGGCACUCAAAGAGUCCCAGUAUGACACAAAUGCGCAGAGUAUUCGUGAUGAUUUGCGUAAAGGUCCUACCACUUCACCCAAGAAACCGGACACCAAGGCAAUGCCAGCUAAUCCCAAAGGGAAAGGCACUGGUACCAAAGGUGCAACCAAAGGCGACAAGAAUCCCAAAGGGGAUCCUAAGAACUCUAAGGAAUCCAAAGGCAAAGCCAACAAAGCCGAAGGCCCUAAACCCAAAGCGGGAUCACAAGGGAAGACCUCCAAAGAAGGGACUCCUCCACCUUGCAUUUUCUUUGCGCGCGGAAAGUGCACCAGGACUAAUUGUCCAUUUGCCCAUACCAAUGCCCCAGCUCUGACAUCUACUACUGAGGGAUCAGCAGCAGCGCCAAAGGCGCAACCUAAGGCCAAGGCUAUUGCAGCCGCAGUGGCACUUUUGGCAGGGGCAGAUGCAGCUGCAGCUUCAUCCAUGGUUUCGGGUAAUCAAGGAUUCAUUGAGUUCAUUGGGGAUACGGGGGCUGGGGAAUGUCUUGGCUCUCCUGAAGCUCUUGCUCGUCAAGGUAUUGUUUUGGAUUCCCAGUUUUUUACUGACACCAUCCAUCCUUUGACUUUCAGCACAGGUGGAGGUACCCAGAAAGGACGACAAACUCUUGGAUUUUGGAAUGCGGAAUUCAACCGGAAUGGCAGCUUCCGCAUCUUCGGGGGGGGGAUUCGAGCCUUAGAUGACCCCAAACCUGAUGUGCCAUUGGAAGCCGAAGACCCCGAAGAAGCAUGGGCUGAUGAAAGCAUUCCACUCAACCCAGUCAACCACUUGAUGACUCACCUGCCUAAAGAUAGGACUCUGACGGGAAUGACCGCAUCGGUGUUGCUCCAAGCAGGGUUGAGUCAUGAAUAUUGGCCGCUGGCCCAUAAAUACCUUGAAUGGUCAUAUAGCAUCACUGCUAUUGCGAACAAAGAGAGUACCAAAACAUGCUUUGAAAAAGUCCAUGGAUAUGCAUUUGAAGGAUUCAAGGUUCCGUUUGGGGCUCUGGUUUGGAUCAAAUCUGAAGAUCAGAUGUCCUUUGAACCCAAAGGGGAAGGGGCUUUGUUCCUUGGGGCUGAAAUCACGGAUGGAAUGAAAUUCAAAGGUCUGUAUCUUACUUGGCCACUUCAAAACUUUCUGGAAAAGAGUUUCAAACAAAAGGUGGUCAGAACCUUAGCUGUGCCUCCAGGUCCUUGGCGGUUUCCAGCCAAAAUAGGCAAACCAAUUGAAAUCGAACAACCGGUUCAGCCAGGGUAUCUUGGGGAUAGCAAGGAUUCCAAUGUAGAACAAGAUAUUGACUGGUUCAUUGCUGAAGUAGAAGGUCUUGGGGAAGAAAUGAACAAGGCUUUUGGAGUAGACUCUGUCUACCCAGCGCCCGGCGCGGGGGAUGGGGGGGCUUCAAAGGCCAAAGCGAGUGAAACCCUUGCUCCUGAUUCGAAGAGUAAGGAAUCUUCCUCCAAGCCCCGCAGCAGAGCAAUCACCAAACUCAGGGUUGCAGUCCAUGGUCCAACCAAGGGCUGUCAGGCCUGCAAAGAAGGCUUGUACUCCCACACCAAGGAGUGCCGUGAAAGAUUCAAUGCUCUUCUUGACGAACAGGAACCCAAAAUAGUGGGUCACGGUGCUAAGGAUCUGACUGAGGCACCUAUUGACGGCGAAACCGAACCUUUGGUUGGGGGGGUGGAGCCAGCAGAACAAGUUGAAGUUUUGGAGGAUGACCACGAAGACUCAAAUGAUGUAGCCGGUCUCAUCAACAUUGCUCAUGGAUCACAGAUUUCCCGGGAAUCACAAGAAUUGGAAAAAGGAAAAGAGGUAGUAGCUGCCAUCUUGAUUGACGCGGCUGAAGAAGUUUUAGCACAUGAGGAGAAAGGGCUGUGGAUGGCCCAGCUUGUUUUGGCGUUGGUUCAUAAGAAAGCUGAGCGGGCGGCUGCUCAAGACUUGAAGCACAUCUGCGCCCAAUUCAAGUGCUGCCGUGGUUGUGUUGGCCUGUGGCACCUCGGAAACCGCGGGCAAUCGUCGAGGAAUGGAAGAUCUCAGCAGAACAUUAGGCAGAAGUUCGCCUUCGCGCCGUACAAUCUCUCGUGGGCCUUGUUCAUUUGGAUCUUGCUGAGCCUUUCCAUGAUCAGUGGUGUCUUUCCGCUGGCCGUCCUAGGGCAAAUCCUGAUGAGUUGCACGUACUGCCUGACCAGCAAGUUUUCUUCCGAGCUUAUCUUCUUCUACAGUCGAGGUGAUCUGAAAGCUUUCAUGAAGCUGCAAGUGUACGUGAAGAGUUCAGAGGCCCUGGCAGCGGCCUUCGCCAAUUUUUUUGGGCUCUUUCUGUUGGAGGCUGUGAAUCCUUGGGUACCCUAUUUGGUAUGCAGCUGCAUGUCCUUUGUGGUCUUCGUCAUCUAUACGAACAUCUUUUGCGGACGACUUAGCUGCCGCGACAUCGUCGUGGCCGAAGAGAAACGACUGAACGCAGGAAUUUGACGUUGCUGGGGUCAUUGAGGUCACCCCUAGGGAUGGUCACCCAAGAAUCAGUGG